AGGGGGGGAGGGGGCGUCGCCCUGGCGCGCGGCUGAGUCAUGGAGGCCGCGGGCUCGUGCCAGCGCCGCCGCGCGCGCCUUUCCCGCUCCGCCACCUUCAGCGCGUGCCACCGGCUCCACAGCAAGUCUCUGAGCGAUGAAGAGAACCUGAAACUGUUUGGAAAAUGCAACAAUCCAAAUGGCCACGGUCACAACUAUAAAGUCGUGGUGACAGUACAAGGAGAGAUCGACCCGGUCUCCGGGAUGGUCAUGAACCUGACGGACCUAAACAGGGAUAUUGAGGAGGCGAUUAUGAAACCCCUAGAUCACAAGAACCUGGAUCGGGACGUGCCCUACUUUGCGAAUGUUGUAAGCACAACCGAAAAUGUCGCUGUGUAUAUCUGGGAAAGCCUUCAGAGAUUCCUGCCAGAGGGAGCUCUCUAUAAAGUCAAAGUGUACGAAACUGACAAGAACACAGUGGUCUACAAGGGGCAGUGAUCACUUCUUGGGGAACCAAGCCUCCAUCUCAAUAUAAUUCAAGUUCACUUCUUUCGGAGCAUCUCGAGACCUUUCCGCGUGUCGAUCAGCCCCCUCGAGCAGUGUUUGUUCCCUCAUGUCUUGGGCUGCCGGGGAGGAGAAAGUAUUUGACGGGUUUCACCCGGAGGGCUGGUUUCCCCACUCCCACAGCUGUCAGAAUUGGAUUUCUACCUCCGGCGGGAGCUCGCUGUUUCCGGUUCAGGGGUAGGGUCUUCCCGGCAUUGAGAUGAAAUGAUUUAGAUCCGCA